AUGAAUUCAGCAGGUGACCCUGACAACCCCAAUCUUCAUGAUCUACCUCAUGACGUUCAGCAGGUUAUGAGUGCCCAAACUGCGUGGCCAGCGCCUCCGGUCAACGGCCAAAGAGUCUUGGUGACUCAGCAAGGCUAUGGCACUAUGGAGAGUGCAGCGCCUUUGGCUCGGGAAGUCUUGGUGACCCAGGGCCAUGGUGCUGUGGAGAGUGCGGUACCCGAGACUCAGCUGAGAACUUCAGGAGUUGCAGAGACACAGGAAUCGCUGGAGCAAACGGAUGUGCUUCAGCAAGCCUUGAGUGGAACAGAGACUUUUCAGUCUCCGAUGACACCAGGAGCAGAUGCUGUGCAACCCUCUUCUACUGAGGUUCUUUUCUCGCCGUCUCAACUGCAGAGGCUUGAGGAGCUUCGAACACAGGCUCCGCUUCUGUAUCCCAGUCAGCAACCCGCUUCUGAGAUUCAGCCUCCGCCCGGGCGGGCUCAGGUUGAAGUCCAGCAGGCGGUGACGCCGCAGUCUUCAGCUUCUUGUAGUGCUGAGGCCAUUCAGGCCGAAGUUCGUAGACAGCUAGCUAGCAUGAAUCAGGCUCACGAGUUACGGAUUCGAGAGCUUGAGGAGGAAAACCGUAGGUUGAGGCAGGGCUCUGAGGCUCCUAUGGUUUCGAGGUUGGGAGGUGUUUUGAGUGGGUUUUAG